AUGGACAGAGUCACCGCAGUACUAUUUGUCCUCCUGGUUUCAUGUGUCUGCAGGACAGCAGGGCAGACGUGUGAAGGAAACUGUGGAAAAACAGUCAACGUUUGCUCGUGUCACCCGACGUGCACGUCCCUGAAGACCUGCUGCACGGACUAUAAAGACUACUGUGUGGGAAUCUCUCCGUAUUCCGGGACCUCGUUCGGUGGGACGGAUUUUAUCGUCCUCGAUGCAACUUUCAAUCAAAGUUCCCAGGUUGUAUGCAGAUUCAAUAAUGAUACCAACACUGUGGGGUAUGUGGACGAAAACAGUCGAGGCCACUGUAUCUCCCCAUUUCUCUUCGAAACGGGAUGGAUCCCUUUGCACAUCUCCUCUGAUAAUGGCACCACAUUCAGCAGAGUUGGAUCCUGGCUUUCAGUACACGGUGGCAAGUUAGAUUCUAAGUUCAAGGCGGCUCUGGUGAACUCGACCAAAUGGCAGUACUACGGCACGCCAGGGGUCGGAGGCUCUCUGGAGAUGACUUGGAACACGACACUGGUCAGAGCUGCGAGGGUCAACGUGGAGUUGUGGGGAUACAGGGAGACCGGAGAGCCUUACUCAGCCAACUGGCAGGGUGAGUGGGAAUAUCUGUACUCGCUCGCAAAGGAUCAACCCAACAGUGGAUCCUUCAGCUUUUUGCCCAAACCAGCAGAGAACGGCUUCUCCAGCUGGGAGCUCGGCUCUGUGCGCAUCAGCUCCAGUAACUACAGCGAUGGCAUGUGGAAUGUGCAAGCUGCCUGGACUGACGACCACGCUCUUGCUUGGCACCUGGAGGAGAAGUUCAGGCAGAACUCGACAGUUUGGGCCCUGGACAAGUGUGUGGCCUGGGACCAGCUGGAAAACAAGCUCCCCAACUUCCUCAGUGAGGUCAUCGACUGCCCCUGCACCCUGGCUCAGGCCAGAGCCGACACAGGGAGGUUUCAUACGGAUUAUGGCUGUGACAUAGAGAAAGGGAGUGUCUGCACCUACCACCCCGGGAGUGUUCACUGUGUGAGGGCCAUACAAGCCAGUCCCAUGUACGCUGCGGGACAGCAGUGUUGCUAUGACAGCACCGGUGCCCAGGUCCUGACGGCGGACUCCAUCGGGGGGAGCACUCCGGACCGAGCCCACGACUGGGGCUCUCCUCCCUACAAGAGACCCCCUCGCAUCCCUGGACAGUCCCACUGGGUGUACGACGUGCUCAGCUUCUACUACUGCUGCCUGUGGUCGGACAACUGCCACUACUACUUCAGGCACCGGCCCUCCAGCGACUGCAGACACUACCAGUCCCCCAGCUCGGCUGUGGUGUUUGGAGAUCCCCACUUCAUAACGUUCGAUGGCGUCAGCUACACCUUCAAUGGUAAAGGGGAAUACACUCUGGUGACCUCAGCAAAGAAGAACCUGACAAUCCAAGGGAGAACAGAAGCUGUGAAUGAAACCAUAAAAGCGACCCAGUUAACAUCCGUGGCCAUGAGAGAAGCAUCCUCUGAUGUUAUCGAGGUUCGGCUCACCACGGGACACAACGGGCUCCAGGUGCUGCAGAACCAAAAGAUCCUGUCCUUCACUGAGCAGAGCUGGAUAGACCUGCACGGCGUCUUUGUGUUUUCUCCUUCCUCGACGAACGUGACCGUGAUGUUCCCGAGCGGAGCCGGGGUGGAGGUGCGACUGAUAGAGGGAACCAUGACAACCACCGUGCUCCUGCCAGAGGCGUUCAAAGACUCUACCCUCGGCCUGCUGGGAAAGAUGAACGGUGACGCCGCGGACGACCUCGUCCUCAGCAACGGUCAACUGGUGCUGGACCACAACAAUCCAGAGGAGGUCUUCAGCUUCGGGGCGAGCUGGGUCGUAUACAACGCGUCGGCCUUGUUCACAUAUGACACAAAGUUUCUUUUGGACACAUACUACUACGCUCCGAGACACGACAUCACUUUUAUUCCAGUGUUUUCUGUCCCUGUGAGCCCAGACGAUCCGUUAGGUGAACAGGCGUCAGAGAUUUGCAUUGGAGAGGGAGCGCAGUUCUGCAGGUUCGAUGUCCUGGUGGGUCGCAGUCCAAGGAUGGGAGACGCCACCAAAGUGUCUUUCCAGAAUCACAUCUCUCUUGUUGGGGAUUUGAAACCAGUGACUUCCUGUGGCUGGCUCUCACCACCUUACAACGGUCAAAAGGAGGGGACCACGUAUUUACAAGGAGCGAAGGUUGUGCUCUCUUGCAACGACGGCUACACUCUCCAAGGGUCAGCGGAGAGGGUGUGCCAGGAGGGCGGCCAGUGGUCCGGAGAGGAGACCAGCUGCGUGGUUCCCAGUAAUGUCGCAGGAAUCGUGGCCGGUUCAGUCAUUGGAGCUCUGGCGCUGAUUGUUAUUAUAACGACAAUCAUACUCAGCUCCAGGAAACAGAAAAGGAAAGCUGCAAGUGCAAACCUAGAAGUGAAGAGUGAGGCCUUCUAACCACAGGUUGUGCUUCACUGUGGCCUACAUGUUCAUAUCUCCACCUACUGAUACCAU